UUAGACGGGACGGUGGGACUACAUUUCUUCGCGGAAGAAUACAGAGUCAGUGCUACAGCGUGCACGCGGAGAUCUCGUAAACGCAGAGCCGUGUGUUUGCUGAAGUCUGAAUAAUCCGCGUGAAAGCUUUUAGCUGAUGAUUGUGUCAGCCGCUAUCCUUCCUGCUUUUCGCUCAUAUCUCAACCAAACUGUUAUCAUUCGAAGCCACCUUUUAGAUUCUACGUGUAAAAGUGCGCGUAGAGAGACCGAGUUUUGAAGUUCACAAUGUCGAUUUUACCUUUCACUCCCCCCAUCGUGAAAAGACUUCUGGGCUGGAAGAAGGGAGAGCAGAACAGCCAGGAGGAGAAAUGGUGCGAGAAGGCGGUUAAAAGCCUGGUGAAGAAGCUGAAGAAGACGGGACAGCUGGACGAGCUGGAGAAAGCCAUCACCACCCAGAACGGCAACACCAAGUGUAUCACCAUCCCGAGGUCUCUGGACGGGAGGUUACAGGUGUCUCAUAGGAAGGGUCUCCCUCAUGUGAUCUACUGCCGGCUGUGGCGCUGGCCGGACCUUCAGUCUCACCACGAGCUGAGAGCCAUGGAGCUGUGUGAGUUUGCUUUCCAUAUGAAGAAGGACGAGGUGUGUGUGAACCCCUACCACUAUCAGCGCGUAGAGACGCCAGUUCUUCCCCCAGUUCUGGUCCCUCGGCACACUGAGAUUCCCAGUGAGUUUCCUCCUCUGGAUGACUACAGUCACUCCAUCCCUGAAAACACCAACUUCCCCGCUGGCAUUGAGCCACCGAGCAACUAUAUUGCAGAAACACCUCCUCCAGGCUACCUCAGUGAGGAUGGGGAGACCAGUGACUAUUCCCUGAACCCUAGCAUGGACACAGGAUCUCCAAGCCUUUCACCGAAUUCUUUAUCUCCACCACCGAGCAACUUAGAUCUGCAGCCUGUGACGUACUGUGAGCCAGCGUUCUGGUGCUCCAUAUCCUACUAUGAGCUGAACCAGCGGGUGGGGGAAAUCUUCCACGCAUCCCAGCCCUCUCUCACAGUAGACGGGUUUACUGAUCCAUCCAACUCGGAGCGUUUCUGCCUGGGCCUGCUGUCCAAUAUUAAUCGCAACGCUGCCGUGGAGCUCACACGCAGACACAUUGGCCGGGGGGUGCGUUUAUACUACAUAGGAGGUGAGGUGUUUGCUGAGUGUCUCAGUGAUAGCGCUAUCUUUGUUCAGAGUCCCAACUGCAACCAGCGCUACGGCUGGCACCCCGCUACCGUCUGCAAGAUCCCACCAGGCUGUAAUCUGAAGAUCUUCAAUAAUCAAGAGUUCGCUGCUCUUUUGGCCCAGUCAGUGAACCAAGGCUUUGAGGCUGUGUAUCAGCUGACCCGCAUGUGCACCAUCCGCAUGAGCUUUGUCAAGGGCUGGGGAGCCGAGUACAGGCGGCAGACGGUCACUAGCACCCCCUGCUGGAUAGAGCUACACCUGAACGGACCCCUGCAGUGGCUGGACAAGGUGCUCACCCAGAUGGGCUCUCCCUCCAUCCGCUGCUCCAGCGAGUCCUAGGAAAAUGCUCUUAUUAACACCACAGGAAGUAGCCAACCCUCAAACAGAUACAUAUUCCUAUCGGAACUGAGAUCUUAAAAGCCAUGAGUCAAUAGGAAACUAGAGCCUUACAAAACCCACCCACUUUCAGUAGCACUUUCACACACAUUCAUCUCAAAGAGGAAGUGUGUAUUAAACAGUAGUUUUUGUUUCUGCUUUGUCCAUAUUUUUUUAUCACCAACGUCCUGUUUAGCUUCUUGGAUUUUGGUGAAUUGAAUCAGUUUGGUUGAUCAUGUGUACUGUAGAUUUCCCUUUGUUGUCUUUCUGUGUACAGUGAAAUAUUAAUGGAUUUUUAUACAUUUUAGUUAAAGUUGUAGUUGUCUAUAUUUUGGUUAAGUUUCUUUGAACAAAAUAACAGAAGAAAGCUCAUUAUGUAGUAUAUUAGAAAUGUUAAUGUGAGAUUGUGAGCUCUGUGUAAAAACUGUCAGAGGUGUCGUUCUGUCAGCUGCAUGCUUGCCUUUUGAUUUAAUACUUUUUUUCUUUUUUCUUUUUUUUUUUUUUUUGAGUCUCAUGCCAGGAAAGUUUCUGAGAGCUAGAACUGAGCACACUGACUGAGUCAGUUAAAAAAGAACCCUCCCCAUCUAUAGCCAUAAUUCCUCAGUGCCUUGAGAUGCAAAAGUGAAAUUAUUAACAUUAACCUAAUGUCUAUUCACCACGUCUGAAGUGUAGGGGUGGUUUCUACAGAUGAGAAUUUCAACACGUCUCCCUGUAGUGAGAAAAAAACAGAAACCCUGUUUACUCAAAACUCACCUUUGAUGCAAGUCCAACGGCAGCUUGUUGCGGUGUAAUUGAACAGUUAUGCGUUAUAGAACAGUUUCAUAAAUUCUUCAGUCAAAGGCAUUUUAUAAGUUAUAAGGCUCAAAACUGUACUUUCAGAGAUGGGACUACUUACUAAGAGGGAUGACUGUAUUGUUUGUCUCAUCCCAAGUAUUUAAAAAAAUUUUGUGUAGUAGUAUAGUUGCGUGUUUUAAAUAUAUAUAUGGCAGCCUGGGAAAACCUGUCAUAUCUUUGGCAAAUAGACAAAAAGACAGAAAAUAGAACAAAAGUGUUUUCCUGCUUAUAACAUAAUUUGACACCUCUACUUUAAGAUACUAUAAAUAUAUUUCAUCAAAAGUGACAUGGAAAUAUUUUCUUUUUAAUCAGAGCAAAAGAUCAUGUUGGGUAAGAAGCCAGUUUCGGUCUGCGUAAACAUGUCAAAAACAUUGCUAGCUAAGCGUUAUUUCCUCACACAGUGAAUUUCACACUUUGAUUUCGGAUAGCUACGGUACAUGCUGUAGCAAAAAAGACAAGCCUAAUCGAUGCAGUCUGUAAUCAGAUAUCGGCUGUCAAAACGUCAGUGAUGCUCCGUGAAGGGGACUUAUACUAUACUAAUACUAGCUCUUUACUUGUGGUGGAGGUACAUGCAAAAGAGAAAUAGAACUGCAUAAACUAGGAAAUGUCAAAAUUUCAUAUAAAGGGUUUUCCCAGGGUGCCACACAUGGAAUUCAAUAACUGUCAUUAGACUUCCAUUACAAGUGAAUUUCUUUUCUCAGUACAGGGGAAUGUGUGGAAAUUCUUUGUGGUAAUCUCACAUACGCUACACCUACAGAUGAUAAAGAUUAGGUUGAGAAAGUUUCCCUUAAAUAUUAUUGGAACGCUGUACGAUGAUUUAGCCUCAGCAUUGGCAUAAGCAGUCACACUACCACAUACUUUGCGGCAUUAAGAAAACAGAACGAUGGUGGGCGGAGGGGGAAGGGUGUCACUGUAGAUUACUGACGGAUGAAAGGUUGUUAUUACUCCUGUGGUAGAGCUCCACAUCACUGUUUUUAAUCUGUCUACAUGGAGCCAUGCCAAGUCUCGCACAGUGCAUGUGUGUGUUCUCUUAAGAUGUGCUUAUGGUAGCUGUUUAAUCUGUGUGCCAGCUGUCUCUGCUGUGUGUCUGUAUGUGUCUGGCCAGGCUCCUGGUGAGUUCAGAUAUCCCCGUCUGUGAGGAACAGUUGACACUCAGCCCUCUAUCCUGUGUGUGGAAGGUGUGUGUAACUGAUAUCCGUGUUUAAGUUCUGGCAUUGUGUGAGUCCGUUCUAUAUUUGCAGCGGGAAUCCAGUCCAGGUCCCUGGGUGUUUUGUAGACAACAAAUAAAGUGGUCAUUACAUUGACCAGGUUAAAAGGAUCUCAGAUAUCAACUGACAGCUCGUCAUAGAGGCUCACGUUGCUUCUCCGUCAACAUAGAUUGAAUCUGAUUUCAUUUUGUUUGUCAGUUGUACAGAAAGAAAAGCCAUCUCCUUAUCAUUCAGCCAUGAGCUAUAGUUUUUUGUUGCAUUGUACAUUCAUGUUAAAUAGGGUUGAUUCAUCUCAAACUCACCUCAGUGUAUGAAUAAUGUAUAAUUAUUUGCCCUACAAGGUGCUGCAAAUUACUAAGCGAAGCAACAUGUAUAUCUUAAAUUUACAUGUUAUAUAUAUACUGUAUACACAUAUACAUAUAUAUGUAAUGACAUUUUGUAAGGAUCAACUUACAGGCAUGUUUUCUAGAGAGAUAAACAUCCAAUGGCUUCUGCUUAGGAAACAAUACAGCGCCGAACUACGGCAACACUAACAGGACAAAAUGUAAACUAGACUGCACCAAUCUCAGUACCAAGUGUCAGUUUAGAGGCAGUACAAAUUUCAAAUACAUAUGGUUGGUACAUUAAUGUGACUGAUGCAACAAAGCAAUGCGUAUAUGCAUUUUUUCUGCAUACAGCAAAGUUUUCGAGGUGCAUUAUAAUCCAAAAAAAUACAAAACAUUUUGUCUUGUCAUUUGGGACAACCGUACAUCUGUUCUAAGUUCUGAUUAAAUAAUAAGUUUCAAAAAUAUAUUUAACGCUUUAACUUAGCUUUCUAUAAGAAAAAGACGUGUGGUGGUUUUUUUUUUUUUGUGCAUUCGAAAUGAAACAAAAUGAAUGAAAGUGUAUCUAUGGGUAUAUGUAUGUAUAUAUUCAGGUACAUUUAUUUAUAUUAUAAACUUUAUUUCAGCCAAAAUAGUUUUUGUGGCUUUGUUAAAGAUCUGUCACAAAAGCAGCUGUUGAGCUUUCAGUUGUGUACAAGCAUGCAUGUAUAGAUAUCCUCACACUCCUCCUGAAACAGUCCACUCCAUUCAGAGUGUGCCUUUGCAUGAAUUUUCUACUCUUGAUACUAAUCCAUUCAUGAAUCCUGAAUAGUUUGUAGAUAUGCCUUGUAGACUGAAGCAUGCUUGUUUUCAGAGUUUGAUGAAAUUUCUAGCCAAGUACUAUUUUGCUAACAAUUUCUUCAGGGUGGUUAAAAAAAUGUUGGCAGAUUUUUGUUUUGGACAGCCAUGUAUUUUUAUACUACAGACAGAAAUGGGGAAAGGGCUUUAAAAGGGAAACAUUUGUGAGAUCGUGUAUAGCGGAUUAUGUGUGUGUGUGUGUUUUUUUUUUGUUUUGUUUUUUCUUUAAAGUGCAGGCAGUCAAAUCUUGCCAAAUUUCAAGAGACUGGGGACUAUGAAAUCAAAGCUAGGACCGUGCAUGAAUGCUAAUAAUUCCCCAUGUCAGGAACAUAGUUUAUAUUUUAACCUUAAAUGCAUUUUAGAGCAUUAUGAAAGGUUGUAAUUACUCCUGUAGUACCCCUCACCGUGAGUGCUUUAAUCUGUCCAUAUGGAGCCAUGCCAAGUGUCACAAAAUUUCUGUGUGAGAUGUUCAGUUAUCAAUAUUUCAAAAUUAUUCAGUUAUUGGAGUUUAAUUGCAGAAACAUGCAUUACUGCAUUAAUUACAGGAUUUUAGUGUUUAAGUAUACCAGAUAAUAUUUUGGAAAAAUCUUCAGCAGUCAACAUUUUUGAAAAAGUUAGUAACUGCAGUUUACGAGCAACAGAUUUAGUAAGCUCUAAAUAUGUUUGAUCUUUAUUCCAUGCUUUAGGCAUUUGUUAUAAUAAAUAAUAGUAUGCAUUGUUAUGAUAAACAAUGAUCAUUUGUGAUUAUUUAUAGCAAUUAUAUCUUGAUAUUGGUAUUUAUGGAUUAUGGAUUAACCAUCCUAUUGCCAAACAACAAUAAAAGAUUUUCAUCCUUGAGAAAAGAAUACACUUUUUAUUUGAAGUUUAUCAGCAAAUUGUUGAGUUAACUUUGAGUAGUAUGCAUUAUUGUGCUUGUUAUUUGUUGAUUGUUUUAAUUGGCUUAUUCUGUGACAUUGUGCUUAGCUGUGCUUAGGCUUUAAAUGUUUUCUUUUUGUAUGAAGAUAUAUAUACUUUAUUAUUUUUCUCUGCAUUUAAAGUGUCAACUAUUCAUGUCAUUGAAUUUGUUAUUAAUGUACUUUUAAUAAAAAGAUAUAUCUCAAAUGGUGUAAUUGUUAUUUGGGUUCAUCAUUCACAAACUAGAUCUGAAGAGACUUGUGAGAAUGUUUUUUUCUCAAGAAAUACACUGACAGGACUUCUUAUUCCUUGAAGAUCAAAGGUCAUGGAUUGUAUAGGUUUCAAAAUUAUCACCAUCUCACUAUCACCAUUUAGGCAAUCUUGUAUUCUUCAGGUCCACCAUCCAACAACCACCAGACAUAUUUCUAGCAAGAGAACUCUCCCUAUAUUUUAGACAUUCUGGACCAUGGCAGUGUUGAAUUAUUUAUACCUGUGGGUGUUUUUUGGGAAAGAAAGUUGAGCUUAUCUCCAGUACUAUAAUUUGAAGCACAUAGCAUAAAGGUGAUAAUGAUGAUUUCAUACAGUUUCAUACUGCUUUAUAGAGAAAUAAUUUCUUUUCAAAAUUGUAAAUUCAAAGCACCUGUUAACUGCUGGAUAACUACAUUUGAUCAUUAAAGAUGAAUGUAUUUAUUAAGCUAUAUUAGAGGCUUUACUGUCAUGUAUCUUUGCAAGACAAUGUUGAGAAUUCAUAUUAUUUAGAUGUCAAAACUAAUAAGCAAUACUGAAAUCCACAUUGCUGACAACCUUAAAAAAAGUAGGGCCUCUCCAUUAAAUCCCUUGUCUUACCAAUGUACAACAUAACGGGAUAAAAGCUUUCUGAGUAAUAUUAAUUAAUUAAAAAGCCCACAUUGCAUCUGAUGUUUUUUGUACACUUCAGUGCCACAUAAAUCAUUUCAUAAAUUAUCAUUCAUUCAUUCAUUCAUUCAUUCAUUUUCCUUAAGCUUGAUUCAAACGAGCAGUAUCUAUACUCUGAGGCUUUACUCUCUUGAUUUGUCAAGUUCUUUUCCCUUUCCAUGAGACUAAGCCCAGUAACCAUGUGGAGGAAACUCAUUUCUGCUACCUAUACUAGCAACUAAGGUUGUAACGAUACACUCUGAUUCGAUUCACAAUACCGGCUUCACGAUUAGAUUCAAAUCGGUUCUCAGAAUAUUUUGAACAAAAUUUGAAUGAAGAAAAAUAAUGACUGGAAAGACUCCUUUUUACUUUCUGAGUCAUAAAUAAUGCAAAACAAUAUGCAUUUUUGUCUGUAAAAAACUAACUAAAUAAAAAAAUUGCUACGAACAGAGGUUUA